UCAGAAAAAAGAGGAACCGAGAAAGGGAAAGAGGAGCUCCAUUUCGUCCUGUUUGAGUUCACAUACAGCGUGUAACUCUUCUUAGAUACAACGUUUAUAAUCAUCGGGACAAACUGACCAAAAUGGAUCCAUUUACUGAGAAACUGUUGGAGAGGACCAGGGCCCGCAGAGAGAACCUGCAGAAGAAAAUGGCCGACAGACCGAACGCAGCGAACAGAGCGAUGGUGAAGAGACCGUUGGCCAACACCAACAGCGUGAUUAGCGAGCCACUCAGCGAGAAAGUUCCACAGGUUUCCUCCAAGCCUUCCCCCUCAAAGCGCCGGUGCUCGGAGGAAAAUGUCGCCGGAGAGGAGAACCAGGAGCCAGCGAGGAGCCGGGCUGUGGCCCCAAUACUCUCAGAUCCUCCCACAGAUAAGAAACCCCCCGCGGGGCCCGCCAGCGUCCGACAUGCCUCGUCUCUGGAGAGGAGCACACCCCGACCCGCUGUCCAGUCCCAGCAGAGAGCUCCAGAGCCUGAGAGGAUGGCCGUCACUCCUGCUCCUGCUCCUGCUGCUCCCAGCUUCAGAGAGGAGGAGAUGGUUCCUGUGAGUUCGGCCCCUCAGAGGAGCAGGGAGGAUCCAGAGGAAGAUGACGGUCCUACUGCAACCGGCAUGAAGUCUCGUCUGCAGAGGCUGGCAGCGCAGAGGAAGUACUGGGAUGGAGACGACUCCUCUGAUGCAGCUCCAGACUGUGCCCCCCCGUCCCCUCUGAAGAGACAACCUGAGGCCCCAGCAGCUGCCCCCCCCCCCACCCCGUCCUCAGGGCCUCCUGCGGGGAGGAGAGGUCGACUGGCUAAUCUGGCCGCCACCAUCGGGUCCUGGGAGGACGAUCUGAGCCAUGCCUCCUUCCCCAGUGAGAGACCCCGAGAGAAGCCGAGCACCGCCAUCCCCCAGACAGCAGUCAAAGAUGCUAAUGUGGCUAACAGUGCUAAAGCAAGUGCUGCAGGACAUGUGGGGGGGGCCAGAGACCCUGCAGGAACCAAGUCUAAUCCCAGCGCUCAGGCUCUGUACGGCCCACCUAAGCCGAGUCGAGUGGACCUCCCAACUCCCCAGAAGAUGGAGGCUCCUGCAGCCAUAGCAGCUAUCCAGUCAGUGAGCAGCCCCCACAAGAGCUCCAUCAAGGGGGGGUCCUUCCCCUCCAGCCCCCAGAAGAGCUCCAGUCAGGUUCCAUGCAGCCCCCAGAAGGCCGGACCCUCAUCCCUAACAUCCGUGCCUCAAAGUCCCCUGAAGAACCAGGCCCUCUCCAGGAACCUAAUCCCCGUCUCCAGCCCCCAGAAGCCAGAACUGAGAGCCAAGCCCACCGUCACUGGAUCCUCUGUGCCCAAGGACACCGCUGGAGGACCUGGUGUCAAAUCCUUCCUGGAGCGUUUUGGAGAGAAGUGCCAGGAGCGCAGUAACCAGUCCUCUCCAGCAGGGGGCUCUAGGUCCCCCGCUGUGACCCCAUCCUCCGUUACCCCAAACACCCGGCUGGUGCAGGAGAGGCUGAGAGCCACUGCACACACCACCACCGCCGACCUGACCCAGAAGCAGAAGCUGGAACGAGAGUCUGAGCUGGCUCAGAUCAGGAGUCGCUUCCAGAAGGGGAACAACAUGUGGAAAGAGCAGGCAGCAGGAACCACCAAAAGCACAGACAUCAAGGAGCAGCCGGAGAAGCCUGUGGAGGCUGACGUGGCUCAGUGUGAGCAGCAGGAGGAGCCCCCCGCUCAGAGGACAGACACUCCCACAAAGAGCUUUCCUCCAGGUCAUGGGAUGAUCUCAACAUCCAGUCCUCUGAGGGUCAUCCAUCCUGCAGAGAAGGCCACUGAGGAAGAGGAGAAGAAGGAAGAGGUGAAGGAGGUGGAGAUGAACGUGGACAGCUCCAUCAACUCUGCCGUUAUCAACGAGCUGUUUGAUGGAGUCCUGGAGCAGAGUGAUGAUGAGGAGGACGACAAUGAGGAAGAUGCUCUGAAUAUCUCCUCCAUGUCUCUGAUCAUUCCUCUGGCAGAGACUGUGGCUGCCGUGGUGACGAGUCCAGAGAGGAGGAUGAUGACUUCGACUCCGGCCACCUCCUUCCUGGUGAAGAGCGACACUCCCGAAGAGGUGUCCAGACGGACUAAGUUCCAGAGGUCCAACAUGGUGCGCGGCGGCUCCUCAGAGCAGCUGUUAGAGGAGGAGCGAGGACUGCCCUACAGCAUCGACGCCUACAGGUCGAUCCGGGUGAAGGAGACGGACAGACCGGCAGUGAAGCAGGUGAUCGUGAGGAAGGAGGACGUGACUCAGAGAGCAGAGGAGGCCCGAGGAGCCGGCCUGUUCAACGUCAAGCAGAAGAUGAAGGUCCUGAGCACGGAGCUGAACCUGCAGCAGACGGUGAUCCAUCAGGCCAGCCAGGCUCUGAACUGCUGCACUGACGAGGAGCACGGGAAGGGGUCGCAGGUGGAGGCAGAGGCCGAGCGGCUGCUGCUGGUGGCCACGGAGAGGAGGGAAGCUCUGAAGGCCGAGCUGGACCGUCUGAAGAGAGAUCCGACCGGCCAGAAGAAGACCCCCGCUGCCCUGGAACCCUCCGGCCCCUCUGCCUCUAAAGGCUCCAUCACCCUGCAGGAGCUCCGCCUGCCUCUCAAGGCCGACUUCGUCUGCUCCAUCGCCAACAAGCCAGAGGCGACCAAGCACUCAUUCUUCCUGAUGAUCCGGGCCGGGGUGGAGCACACAGUGGCGACUCCGUUAGCGAGCACACACAGAGGACUGAGCGGGGACACCGUGUCCUUCCCCACCUGCUUCACCUUAUCUGACGUCCCCAGUGACUUUGAGAUCGACAUCGAGGUCUACAGCUUGGUGCAGAGGCGUGACGUCUGCAGCGACAAGAAGAAGAAAGCCAGCAAGUCAAAGGCCAUCACUCCAAAGAGGUUCCUGGCCAUCACUAAAAGUGUGCAGACACCAGUGAUGGCGAGUCCCGGAGGACCGAACUCUGUCCGCACCAGUAACUUCCUGCUGGUCGGAUCCCACAAACUCACCCUGGCCUCCAUCGGGAAGAACAAGUUCCACCUGGACAAGAUCAAAUAUGAACGAAGGGACAGAGAGCUGCUCAGUGACAUGUUUCACACCAAGGUGCCGUUCCUGUGUCCUCUGGAGGGGAACGUCUACCUGAAGAUGCAGUGUGAGGUGGGCUCUAAAGUGGAGGAGAGGGGCUUCCUGACGCUGUUUGAGGACGUCAGCGGGUUCGGCUCGUGGCACAGGAGGUGGUGUGUCCUGUCUGGAUACUGCAUCUCCUACUGGACCUACCCCGACGACGAGAAGCGCAAGAAUCCCAUUGGGCGUCUGAACCUGUGUCACUGCACCAGUCAGCGGGUGGAUCCGGUGAACAGGGAGUUCUGCGCCCGGCCGAACACCUUAGAGCUGAUCACCGUGAGGCCGCAGAGAGACGACGACCGGGAGACCCUCGUCUCUCAGUGCACCAACACCCUGUGUGUCACCAAGAACUGGCUGAGUGCGGACACUAAGGACGAGAGGAACCUGUGGAUGAGGAAGCUGAACCAGAUUCUGGUGGAUCUGAGGAUGUGGCAGCCAGACGCCUGCUACCAGCCUCAGUGAUGUCCAGAAACCACAUCAGUCGGACUUUAAAUAUCCCAGACGCAUGCCUUUAUAUGUGCAAUACACUAUAAAUAUUCCUAGCUGUUCCCCAGGAGAUAAGUCAUGGAAGCCCUGAGGUCAGAGCAGAGAAAUAAAGCCAUACAUUAAACCACAUUUCAGUAUUCAGUGCCGCAGCUGGGCACUGCUCUAAGCAUUUCCACGUGAUGUUGUUGGGUUUGGUUUUUUAUGAAUGCCUAUAUUUAGUGUUGUUGACACACGAUGCAUGGCUUUGAAUUAUUUGGUUUCACAGCUGGAAUCAAUUAUAUAAAUGGUGUUUGAAUGACAGAGUCAUAGCGAGGUUUGUAUGCUGGCACAGAGCAGUACUGAGGGAGGUGUUACUUUCACAUGUUUCUCUGUAUGUUCGUGCACAGAUGUUUUGAUAGCAGUUAUAGCUUUUUAUUCUGCGUGUGUUCAGUGUGGGAUAACUGCGGGUGGAGUCUGUUACAUAUUCAACACUUCAUUUUAUUUAAAUGCAUCACAAACAUGUCGAUACGGCUCCUAUUUCAUAUGAAAACAAGCUGUAAACUGCUGGAACAGUCAGAGGAUUUUACAGUGUAAUCACAAACUACUCUUAUAUUUAGUUAAGGAGGACAGAGUGGACAUGUGUAUAUCAGUAUGUCUCCAUGCUCUAAGGUUCAAAAAGCUCUUAUUGUUCUCACACUGCCUGAGCCGCAUCGCUGCUUUUCACCCUCUGCUCUGAUUGGUUAGCUGGCCAGCUGUGUUGUGAUUGGUCUACCAAUUUAGCGAUGUCCCGCCCCUUUAGGCCUUCAUAUACAAUGUGUUUUUAUUAGUUUACAUGUUGCUGCAAACAGAGAUUUAGGAAUGAUAUUGCAGGCUCAGGUAUCCUGUAAAUGUUGUCCGCUGUAUUUAUUUUUAGAGGAUAGAGAUUAUUUUACUGAAUGGAUCGUUAAUAUCUGAGGUUUUGCGGCAGCUGAUGCGACCACACAUGCUUUUAGACUUUACCUACGUCUUGUUUUUUAUGUAACAGACUUCCCUGACCCGCAGGUGUUGGUUAAUCUAUUUUAAUAUUGUAAAAGCAGCUUUCUCAGCGGUUGAUGAUGACUACAAACAGAUGCAUUGUGGGUGCAUGAGUUUUCAUCUGUCAGUGUGUCGGGUAUUUGUGUUUUUAUGUCAGACUUCAAUAAAUAACCUGGUUUAUCUCACCCAAAUAGAUCAGGUUACUAAUGCCUAA